AUGCUGCCGGAGAGCGAGCUCAAAACCUGGCACCGCCAUGUCAAUGGCGUCAAAUACAUAUGCUCGACCGAUCCCAAGCUUGUCCAGCUCGACGCCCUCAACGCCGCCCUGGAGUCGGACUUGCUCUGGUGGGCCAAGGCGCUCCCCGAGGCGCAGCUGAAGAAGAUUGUCGAGUACUCCUUGUGCCUUGGGCUCUACAGGGAAAAAUCGGACCCACCGGGGAAUGCUCAGGAAGACCCGAAUAUCGAGAUGGUUGGUUUCGCCAGGGUUGUGACGGACUACGUCACGAUAGGCUACUUGACGGACGUGUACGUGCUGGAGGAGCACCAGCGAAUGGGCUUGGGGAGGUGGUUGAUCGACUGCCUCGACGAGGGAAUAAGCAAAUGGCCCGAGAUGAGGGGCUUUCUGCUCCUCACAUCUGACCCCCAUGCCGUCAAGCUGUAUGAGAAGGCUCUUGGGGCAAGGGACUUGCGGAAGACGUCCCCCGACCUCAUUCUCAUGGAGAAACCGGGUGUCAGAGGGUCGAAAAAGCAUGCGUGA